CGCGCACCAGCCAGAGGGAUUAGCUUCUCGAGAUCCUGUGGUCAACUCGGCUCUCGCGCUGAAAGCUAUACAAUUUGUUUAACGAUAUGCAUGUUAUGUCCGGAGCUGUUUAAAAGCAUGUAAGUGCGAUAUAAGCUAGUUUAAAUAUAAAUACAUUUUAACAACACGUACAAUUGGCCACGUAGCUAGUUAUUGUUAGCUAACGGUAACAGAUGAUAAAACAAAAUGAAUCUCGACAUUCAGGCGUUGGUUACAGCAACAAAAAGUAAACCAGAGGAUGCAGUAGAGGACGUUUUGGCGAAGUUAUCGGAAUGUUUAGGAAAGCAAUCACUGCAAGCUGAAGAGGAACUGGAGAUUUUCAAGCAAGACCUGUUCAACCAUGGCAUAAUGGAUUACUGUUCAAGGGCUCUGACGCUCAAUUUUACCAACUCUUAUGGAGGAUACAAAACUGCUGUACAGAUUGCAGAUAUUCUAAGUGCAUGCUGUGUUGGUAUCGGCAGAGUCAAGAAAUCUAAAGCCUUCCACAAGUUUCUGCCAGUGGUGGUGAAAAACCUUUUCUCGCUCGCGGACUCCCUUAUGAUGAAAGCUCUGCGGGAUAAGAGUGAAAUCGAAAGGGCUCGUAUGUUCCGGAAGGUCAUGGGCUCCAUAAGCUGGCUCCUGAGGGCUCACCAUCAUCUUCUUGCACAUGUUCUUAAUUCCAAACACUAUGAAAACAUCCAGUUGUCUGAGGAUGAGGACGUGGCUGUGGCCUUGCUGUCUCUAUGGUUGGAGCUGCUCGGUAUGAAAAGCUCCAAAGUCUUUGAGGACAUUGGGGACCAGGCUUUGCUUGCCAUUAUGGAUGACACCGUGUACAAGAUGUCCAGCUUUCAGAAUCCAGUUAUUGGCCGCAGUUCAGUGAAGAUUCUGAUGCACAUCAUGAAUCAUGAUAGCAAAAUGAUUGAAGUUAUUGUAAAACGUUACAAAGGCCUGGCUGCAUUGGCAGUGAAAGACUGGAGAGGCAAAGGCUUCGACCCUGUGCUGGAUCGAUUUGUCAGCCUGCUGAAGUCAUCACCCUUCCGACGCACUGCGACCAAGGGUGAGGAUGUGGCAGCAGAGCAGGAGAGGGCAGCGUGUGUGAUCCAGGCUGCCUGGAGGGCCCACCGGACGCGAAAGAGACUGAAGAAACUCCCACGAGCCAUCAGCAGACUGCAGAGGAGCUUCAGGGAGAGGAAACGCAGGGAGGUGGCGCAGCAGGAGAGGAAGCAGGCAGAGGAGGACCUGCGCAUGCACAUGCAGCUGCGCAGACAGAGAGCCAACCGCAUGUUCCGCCAGAGGCAGCUGCAGCUCAUGGAGAUCCUCCCUGCAGCCCAGGUGGAGCGUUACCUGGGGGAGGUGGAGCGUCAGGCGGCCCUGCUGAUCCAGCGUGUGUGGAGGGGCCACCGGGAGAGACGGGUCUUCCGGCAGCGCAGAUACCACCUCAAGCGCCACAAGGCUGCCGUGACCAUCCAGAGAGCCGUCCUGCGCUUCUUGGAGCGGCGGCGUGCCCAGAAGGCUUAUGCCACCCCCUGGAUGGGGCUCAGAAAGCCCUCGGACGCCAGGAGGGCUGAACUGCAGCAGGAGGUGGACGAGUACCUCGCCCUGUACCGUUCUCGUGGCGUGUCGGAGGAGCACUGUCGGGAGCUCCACACCAGCACCCAGCAGCAGCUGCGGCAGUGGCUGAGCACCAGGGAAGCGGCGCAGAGAGAGGAGGAGCACACACAGGCCCUACUGGCCCAGAUCAACACUGACAUGGAGCUGCUACUCAAUGCCCCUUCCUUGAAGGAGUCCACGCCGCAGGACUGUGAGCACUUCCGGAGUCGCUCGGGGCCAGUGGCCCUGCGUGCCAAACAGUGCCACGGUGCCAUGGUCCGGUCAGCCAGCCUGCCCUGGUGGAGGAAGCUCACAGAGGAGUCCACCCAUGCGGACCUGUUCUGUAUCCACGGCGACGAUGACGACUUUGGGCAGGUGGACUUGGAGGUUGCGAGACUGUAUCUGGGUGGAAUACGUGAGGAUGCAGCAGCACCGGAGUGAUGCGGAUGCGGAUGCGGUCCAGCUGGUCUUAUCUUGCGGAGAAAAGAUGGAGAGGCUCAGGGGAACGGGAGGUUAAGCCACCGAAUCAGCAGCCAACCAGGAAGGACUGGAUGAUUCACAGAACCAAAUGAUUGUAUUCUUGGAGUGACAUCGUAUACGUACGUGUGUGUGUGUGUGUUCACUCGGGUCAUUUGAAUCUCAGCACAGUGGACUUACAACAUUUUUAGGUCAUUAUAAUGCUGGAAGAGAACUCGGUGGGUAUAGGAAUGGAAAAAGCACUGACAAAAUGAAUCAAAUAUCACAUUCCGGCUUGUUUGUGUUCAUCUUAACGAUUGUAGUGGACUGUUGUGGCAUCUCACGGGGAGGGUGUGAAAGCGUCAUUUUCGGUUUGAUGUGAAGAGUGAAACUGAAGAUGCAAAGACCUCUCUGACAGUUAAACAACUCUGUCUGUUAAAGUGUUAGUCCAUGUGUGUGUGUGUGUGAGUGUGUGUGACCGGGGCACUGCGGACCCAUGCCAAGGUCCCUAUUCACAGGAUGCCAGUCAUUAUUUCAUUACGCACAUGUGAAAACAACAGAGUGGUCCCACUCAGCGCGCAUGAUUAAAAAUAACAUUUUCAAGAGGGGGAAAAUAUGAUGGAGGUAUAAUGACUCUCUUUAUGGACGGCUUUGCAGGGGGAGCAUAAAUAAGGCCCCAUUUGAGCGGUGCAGGGUGGGGGGGAGAUGGCAUAGGCAGAGUGGAGGAGAACGAGAGAGGGAGAGGGAGCGAGAUGCGAGCAGACGGAGUCAGUGCCAGGGAUCUGGCAUGUGGGAGACUGUCGGAGUGGGAUUUAAUUGGGUAACUGCAAUAGCCAAUUAUUGGCGAGCUAAUGGUGGUCUAAGUUUUACUUAAAUUUCCAAAUAAACAGGUUUCCUCAUUUGAAA